CUCAUGGCACAUUUAUUGGUAACAUUCGUCUUGAAAGUGAGAAGCCUACGCAACUUCCCGUUGAAAGUGUCAUUCACUUCGGAGCGUCAUCACGGACAUAUACAUUACGAGAAAAACCAACAUUACCGAGCGCUAUGCAAGCGACGUUGCAGGGGAGUAAUGAACAGAAUGUGGAUAAAGAGGACAAUGAGGAGAACGAAACAUCAGCAGGAGGAUUUUUAGGGUUACCUGAAUCCGAUACAGACCUUAAGGUAUGUCUUGUUUGAUAUACACAGUAGUUGGGUUGUUUCAAGGAGCAUAAGUUAGGAGGCAAUUUUUUCAAUGUCGCGUAUUUGCGAUGAAAAGUGUUCAAAACCUAAAAUCGUUUUGGGAUUCCUCUCAAAAUUACUUUGUUUUAGCUUUAUUUUGUAGUUUACACUGUUAGUGAAGUUAUCUUUUUAAAUGUAUCUGGCGAUCGAGAAACACAAAAUAGUAGUUAAAUAUUGUCAAUUUAAGCAUUUAUAUAUAAUUUUCUCUUUGACGUACCGUCUAAAAUGAAAAUCUCUUCAUUUUAGCAUUUUUUACAGAUAAAGCACUAAACAUAGUUUUUAAGUUUGUCUGUCUGCUUGAGAAACGUAUCAAAAAUUAAAUAAUUGAAUAUUGUCAUAACCAAGUGGAAAAGUAUAUUCAACAGUUUAGAGCGCGUGUUACGUAACAUACAAAAGAUUCUCCUCUUAAUCAUUUCAUAUUAGUAUAGUAUAUGUUUGAUUUUGGUUAUAUUACAAUAUCCCAAAGGUCGCGGGUUCGAUUCCCACCGUGGUUUAACCUGCGAUCAGGCCUAUCAAUAAAUAAAUAGGCCUGAUACAAAUCUUAACAAAAGUCCAUGCCGUUACAACCGGAUUACGGUUGUAAAUCUGAUUGGUCUAUUAGACAAAAGAUUUUUUAAUCUGUAAUUUGAUUGGUUGGUGCUAAUUAGAUUAUACUAUUGUUGUUGAUAUAUUUUAUAGUGAUCACAACUAUAAUUAGAUUGUUAUUGUCGUUGUGUGAAAUUUAAAUUUCUCCUGCGACAUUUUGAUUGGAUACUAAAUAUAAACUUUGCUGUGGGCGGAAAGCGAUCGGAUUAAGGUUUGUGUCAGGCUCUAUUUGUAAAAUAGAGCCUGAUAGUCAGGUUAACCGUGGUUAGGCAAACGUUUCAGCUUGCCCGGUGUUGGUGCACACUAGGGAGUUUAAGAUCCCGACAACGAACAACGGGUACGGAGUACGGUUGAAAGCUUGUUUUCGCAUUGCUUUAACAAAGACAGGCAACAUUUACAUAUUCCCAGAACAUACUUUUCACCGUAGCGACCUUGGCUGCAGCGUAAAAAUCACAUUCUUGUCUUGUAAAACAGAAUCAAGAACAUAGCACCGAAACUGACUACGCAACGUUGCAGGUUGGAGAGUUUUUUAUAAAGAAAUGAUUAAAAUUAAAAGAUGAAACUUGCCGAACACCAAGCCAUACAUAUAAAACAUAUUUGGGAUAAAUUUGUUAUGACAAGCAUUUAGAAUUUGCAUACAUACAACCAAAACUAUUUCAGACGUAGUCGGUAGUUUUUCGUCAAGAUCUUAAACUCCCUACUCAGAGUAACAUCACAAACAUCAUAUUCACCUGAGUACAUAACACCAACACACACAUAAAGUAUAUUACAUUAGUUAGUACGUCCCUGUUCUCAAUACAAUUAAACCAAAUUGUCGAGCAUGUUUCUAGAAUUGUGACAAACUAGAUGUGGUUCAAUCCUCGCAUGUAUGAAUGAAUCUCACUUUUGACUACUUGCCCAAUGUAAGGUGUAUGGGUAAGGUGUCACAUACCUAAUUCUUGCCUAAUGUUAAAUCUCCAAUAAGGACAACUCGGACACUAAAUCUCGCCAUUAAAUUACUUACCCAAGAGGGAAAUGGAAACAUACUGUACAAUCAGUUCUUGAAUGUAUUGAUAUUUAUCUGUUAUUUUAUUACUCCCAAAGGAUCUAACAGAUUUCAACACGGCUCAUAACAAAAGACUAUCAUCUAUCGCAAUUGAAGAAUCUGGAACAACGUUACCAAAAUUAAAACGACGGCGGGUUUCUCAUGGUAUAUCAUUCCAAGACGGUUAUGACAUCAUCAAUCCAGGUAUUUUUUAAAUCGUCUGCAGCUAUCAGGAUUCAGGAACGGUUUUGUAGAUGAAAAUUUCGAGUGUAAAUUUUUAUACAUUUAUUCGACCUAACCAGGAGCAGACAACUGGACUCUGUAGCUCAGUUCUCUGUAGCUCUGUAGCAGAACUCUGUAGCUCAGUUCUCUGUAGCUCUGUAGCAGAACUCUGUAGCUCAGUUCUCUGUAGCUCUGUAGCAGAACUCUGUAGCUCAGUUCUCUGUAGCUCUGUAGCAGAACUCUGUAGCUCAGUUCUCUGUAGCUCUGUAGCAGAACUCUGUGGCUCAGUUCUCUGUAGCUCUGUAGCAGAACUCUGUAGCUCAGUUCUCUGUAGCUCUGUAGCAGAACUCUGUGGCUCAGUUCUCUGUAGCUCUGUAGCAGAACUCUGUAGCUCAGUUCUCUGUAGCUCUGUAGCAGAACUCUGUAGCUCAGUUCUCUGUAGCUCUGUAGCAGAACUCUGUAGCUCAGUUCUCUGUAGCUCUGUAGCAGAACUCUGUAGCUCAGUUCUCUGUAGCUCUGUAGCAGAACUCUGUAGCUCAGUUCUCUGUAGCUCUGUAGCAGAACUCUGUGGCUCAGUUCUCUGUAGCUCUGUAGCAGAACUCUGUAGCUCAGUUCUCUGUAGCUCUGUAGCAGAACUCUGUAGCUCAGUUCUCUGUAGCUCUGUAGCAGAACUCUGUAGCUCAGUUCUCUGUAGCUCUGUAGCAGAACUCUGUAGCUCAGUUCUCUGUAGCUCUGUAGCAGAACUCUGUAGCUCAGUUCUCUGUAGCUCUGUAGCAGAACUCUGUGGCUCAGUUCUCUGUAGCUCUGUAGCAGAACUCUGUAGCUCAGUUCUCUGUAGCUCUGUAGCAGAACUCUGUGGCUCAGUUCUCUGUAGCUCUGUAGCAGAACUCUGUAGCUCAGUUCUCUGUAGCUCUGUAGCAGAACUCUGUAGCUCAGUUCUCUGUAGCUCUGUAGCAGAACUCUGUAGCUCAGUUCUCUGUAGCUCUGUAGCAGAACUCUGUAGCUCAGUUCUCUGUAGCUCUGUAGCAGAACUCUGUAGCUCAGUUCUCUGUAGCUCUGUAGCAGAACUCUGUGGCUCAGUUCUCUGUAGCUCUGUAGCUCAGUUGAUUAGAUGACUGCACUGGGAUCGCAGGGCUAUACAGGUUGGAUUCCUGCCAGAGGGCCUAUACUUGCAUUUUUCACAACUGCUCCUGGUUAAGUCAAAGUAUUAAAAUGUAUAAUACUUUAUUUACACUCUAAUUUUUCAUCUAUACAAGACCCUUCAACGUUAGUUCAUUCGACUGAGAUGGCCAAAAUUAUCCAGCUGUCAGGCACUAUUAUAAUAAUCAUCCCCUCAAACAAAUCUCGACCUUUUAGAUGUAUGAACAGGACAAACAGAGGCAAUAUAUUUUCGAAGAUGUGCCAUUUUCCUGCAUAAAAUGUUCUUUAAGGAUGAAGUUUAACCUUUGACGCAAAAACACCGAUGGCGCAAAAUUUCAAAACUGUAGACAGUCGGACCCUUCCGAGAUAAUCGGAGCCCUCGGUACUCUGUGCCAAAGUAAUAUAGCUCAGAGCAAUCUCCACCUAAAUCGCCUUUAGAUUUGAAUAAUUUACUUUGAAUUCAAGAACGAACUUUAGAUUGCCACUCACGCCAUGUAUGGUAGCAACGGCAUGCUGGAUUUGUUUUAUUUAGCACUUCGAAAUCAUAUCUUAUAAAGUUGCAAAUAUCUGGGCUGGUGUGAGCAUAAUUAGAAAACUAAUAAUUUACCUUAUAACAUGAUUUAAGGUUUCCUUUAAGGUGGCUCCCUACAGUUAUUCUUGUUUAAGCAAUAAUUCCGUAAAACAGGCUUAUUCGUGCAGAACAAGAAUUCUUUUCGACUUGGUGGCAAUAUUGGUCACCUAAGGAAUAUUUCGAACUAGAUUUAGACGAUGUCAAUGUUCCCAUGGCAACAUGACGACAGCAUAAAGCCUUCCAAUUUAACUCAUAAAUGUGCCGCUAUCUCAAAAACGAUGUCGGUGACCUAUCUUUUUUAUUUCAUAUAUCAAUAAGGAAUGAUGCUCUGCAACUGUGGUGAAAGUUUAAAAAAAUUCUGUAGUGUGUGAUUUUUUUAAAAGCGAAAAAUUUAUUGCGAAAUUUCCACACUACAGAUUUUUUUAAAAUUUGGAAUUUAUAAGAUUUACCGCAAAGUAAAUUCGUGGUCAAAAUUUGAAGAUAGGUCACCGAUGAAACUAAUGAGUAAAAUGCAAAUAAAGUUAGAAAAUAGCCUCGUGUAACUCGAGAAAUUCCCCUAUUAAAAAGCGUCGCUGACUAGUAAAAGAUUGUACGCGGGCGCAGAACGAGUUUUCCUUCGGCAAAAUCGAGCCGCAAUUUAUUUACUGUUUUGUUCGAGGUUUUGUUUUUGUCAACUUUUCGAUUUAUUUGAGUGCUAUGGACAGCCAAGGAUUAUUGUGAAGGAUUAAAUCGAUGAAAACAAGGUUGAAGCUAACUCAAUCUAUGAGCUGUAACAGCCUAUUAACAGGUGGACGUGUUUUUUGUUUCAUGUUUGGUUUUGUACUUUUUGCUAAAAAUGAACAAUUAGGCUAUGAAACUGAAAUAUAUUUCUGUUUAAAUAUAAUCACUUUAAUCUUGUAGAAACACGACUAAAAACGUGAACCUUUUUUUGAGAAGUAAACAACUUUUUCAGUAAACGUUUGUAUGCAAUUUUGCAAAUGUUUUGCAGUUGAGUCAGUUGACAGUGUAUAAAAAAAAAUUUAAAAUAUUGUAUCGUAGCUAUUUUUUGGUCUAGUGAUAUUCGUAUCAUAUGUAGAAUUACUGUAUAGACUCGCAAGUGAUUUGGCACUCAAAACGAAGUAUUAUUCAACGCUUUUUUCCAUUAGAAACCUUUCAGAAAUAGCUUUAUUUUAAAAAAAGCAUGGUCAAUUUUUGUUUUGUUUUGAUCAUGCAGUUGCGUGGGAUAGCACGUACUUGUCCCGCGAACAUCCCGCACGGAACUGUAGGGAGCCUCCUUAAGAAACAAAAAUGAGCGAAUUUUUGUAGACAUUUCCAUAUUUUGAUACUGUACAAUUGCAGGGUUCGUAGCGGUCUUUGAAAUCCUUGAAAGUCUUUAAAUUGAAUGCAGGUCCUUAAGGUCUAAUUAAAGUAGUCUUUAAUAAGACUAGUCUAUAGUCUUUAGUCUUUUCUAAUUGAAAAGUCUUUAAAUUGUGUGGAAACGCGCGAAGAAAGUCUUUAAAAGUCUUUAAGAGCAGAUUUUUUUGUAUGUUACGUAACACGCGCUCAAAACUAAUGCGUAUAUAAUAUAUUACUUGAGGUUAUGACUAAAUUCAAAAUUUCUAGUUUUCGAUACGUUUUUCAAUCGGCAAACAAACUUAAAAAAUAUGUUUAGCAGCGGCGGCGGAACAGAUUUCAAAAUUUUUUUCCGAAAUAGACUUUUUUUAAACAGAAUAUUGCAAAUUUGUCCCCUCAUACCUAAAUUUUCAAAAAAUAACCUAAAUUUUUCCGUAAUUAUCAAAAUUUUUUCAAAAAAUUCAAAUUUUCUGGGGGGGGGGGCUAAGCACCCCCCCCCCACUUUUACUUCUGGGGGGGGGGUAGCUAACUCUAUAAACUAGAGAAUGAAGCUAAAACAAAGUAAUUUUGAGAGGAACGCCAAAAAGAUUUUAGGUUUUGAACACUUUUCAUUGCAAAUACGUGACAUUGAAAAAAAUUGCCUCUUAAAUUCUUUAGUGAGUGUUUGAUUAUACGAUUUCCUAGCUAACAAAAUAGGUUGAUUGAAGAACAAGGUUUUCGCAAAUAUCGACGAAAAGGCGCAUUGUAGGAUGUGAUUUAACGGGAUUAACGGGAUUAAUUACCUGGUAAAAAUGGUGCUUACACUCGCAAUUUUUAGACAGCUGAUUGCUCUGAAAGGUCUUUGAAAAGUCUUUGAAAAUAGGCAGAAAAAAUGUUUGAAAGUCUUUGAAUUUUUUUGGUCUUGGAGACUACGAACCCUGCAUUGGUCCAUUUUUAAAUUCGAAUGGUUAUAUAUAGUAAUGUCCUUGCAAGUGACGUCGCAACACAUAAUUCGACAGAUUUGUUUGACUUUCGCCAUUUUGAGUGGCAAAUGUUUAGAGCUAAAUAAUAGCAUACACGUCAUCCAUUAACAGUCAAAAUUCCAUAGGUUUAUCACUUUUAUUUACUCUGAUUAACACGAAUUAAGAAAGGCAAUUUUUUUGCAAAUUCAGACACUCGUACCUUGCUGUCCGUUAUACUAAAUUCGCGCGAUUUCUAAGCGUGACGUGAUAUUCCCGCAAGACCUGAAUAUACAUAGCCACUUUGGAAAAAAUUCUUUCAUAAUUUUGGGAAUUUUAUAAGUAAUACUAUUCAGAAAAUUGUUGACCAUAAAGGAUUUAUUUUAUAUACCCUUCAUACACAAUGUUAAUGUAACGUCAAACUACACCUGUAUUGCACAAAAGUUCAUUGUAAUUGCCUGUGCAAGAAAGAAAUACAGUAUGCAACGGAAUACAAUCCUAGAUAAGCAAACCUCAACCUCGUUCCCAGGGUCUUUCUUAGAACGACGCGAGGCGAAGGAAAGACCCUGGUUUCAAUCUGGACACGUGUCACACAGAUUCUGGGUGAAACGUAAAAUUAUACUAUGGGUAUAGGGUCGGAGAGGAGCGUGUUUGUCGCGUUGUAAAAAUAUUGGCAACUUUGUGUGAUGAAAUUUAAAUUUGCAACACGAAAUCGUGAAGAGAACUGCAGUUAAAAACUAAUAUUUAUCGUGAUCUGACUUUCUACUCUAUAAUCUAGUGUCGAGUUGCAAUUCAAGCAAGUUGGAUCCAGAUUUCAACUUAUAGACUUGUCAAAGCCUGGGCGGCGUGGCAUUAAGCCUACAUGAAAAUAUAUAUCUCUAGACCGACAAAUGCGGUUGUUAUUUAUAAUAUUGUUAGUAUUGAAGUCUGCCCUGACACUCGAACAAAAAUAAUUUAUUUAUUGAUGAUAUGUGGAAUUGCAACAAAAUAGCGAGAUCCGUUUUGAUUUCCGAAAUAUUGCCAAGACGCCAACUGUAUCCAGAUUGUUAAUCAUAAAAGCUUUAUUAAAAAAUUUAAAGCCCGUCAAAAGACUAUAAAAUUUCCUGCAUUGGCCCUUGGCAUUGCUGAAACUCAACGAUCAUGGUAUAUGUCAAAGUCUAGCUGCCUGUUGAAAAUCUACGGUAUUAAAAUCAUACAUCAAAGUCAAAGAUAAGUCAAACGACAAUAUAUUAUAUAUGUCUUUCAAUGAGCACUGUUUAGUAGUGCAUGUUUACCACAUUUAUAAAUUUUAUAAACAGCUUUCGUUUUGACACAAGCUUUAAUUUUUUGCUUUACUGUAUAUAUAUUCUUAAUAAUACAAGUGAGAUAUAAAAUUUUUUGCUUUGUGGAAUAGAAUCCCGUUACUUUUUAAUGGACAGCUUGUAUCGUCUCUAUCAUAUCCAGGAUUGCUUGUGUGUAUAAAAUGCAUGUAUCACUAUGACACUACCAAAUAAAUAUACAAAUAUAUUUGAGAGCCUUGUUUUACUUAAUAGUAGUAUAAUGACUAAUGAAUUAGUGAUAAACAGAUGAUUCACAAUGAAAACUUUAAAAAUGUUAGUAGAAGUACAAAACUCGAAAAUUUUAUGUCUAUUCGUAUGGCAGUCUGUGCGCAUCUGACACUGCAAAUUUGUGAUAUAGAUUAUAGUAUAUUAAGAAAUUAUUAUGAUUAAUAGAGACCAAGAAAAAGGCUAAAGCCUGACUAUAAUUACCGAAUACGAAUUAUGUACUAAAUCCAAAAUUUUAAAGAUAAAUCGCUGUUUAUUACACUGGCCUGUAAGGCCAAGUGUCUUAAAUCCCCUUUUUUCUGUUUUUUUCGUAGUCGAGAAAUCGAGUUUGGGUUAGCUCAUCGCAGGCUCAGGGUGCAACGAUUAAGCCAAAAUGCCAUCGAUUCCCUCGGUUCCAUGAUUUAUAUAGCAUAGUAAUAAGCUCGUAUAUAUGUACGUAAUAGCCGACUCAUGCCAUGCUUGUGGUACAUUUUUCGUUUAUUAGCCUAUACACUUGUAUACGCACGCGCACAAUUCCGAACUGCAAUGGCGGUUUUCACAAUUUGGUUUUCACAGAGUGAUCAAACUAUAUCAGUACACAGUUUCGUUGAAUUUUCAAAGAAUUGUGCCGGUUUCCUAUGUAUUUUACGUUGCGUCGUACUCUGGACUUUCUUGCGUGUUGAAUUAAUGUGUCUUUCUUUGUGUAAUGACUCGAAAACCACAAAAUAUAAUAUUUAGUACUCCACGAAAUAUAAUCCGCGCGAAAAGCUUUGUGGUUGCUAUACUAAAGAUAAAGCGUGCGUUCAAAAUACCAACAAGAACUAGAACUAUUAUUGUAUCAUUUGUAUGGUUCUCAUUUGCUAGACUUGCCACAAGUCGACCUCGAAGAAACGCAUUUCGUUGGUCAACUUGUGGCAAGUCUACUAAUUUACAAUAACAUUAGUUCGACGCGAAUUUUAAUACAAGUAUGGUAUAAUAUUUCAUAAUACAACUAACAAUGCAAACUAGCCAUACAUUUUGCCGAACAUAACUUCGGCCCCUUUGGACAUAUCAUGUUUUUCGUGAUAAUGUUAUUGGAACCAGAAUCGAAAACACUAUUUAUAGUGUUAUUUUCAAGCUUGUGUCUUGAGAUUUUCAUCUUUUAUUUCGGUAUUUACAGAAUAUUUAUAUUUUUAGCGCGGCCCAUGAAACGCAUAUGAAAACAACGCGCUGUUUGGAAAAACCGGAAAUCGAUUCUGCAGGUCGGCAUGAUUUGAACGUGCAUCGAUCUCCAUUACGUCUCCCGAAAAGGUCUUUUAUUUUUUUAAAAAGUCCAUAAAAUUUGCUUGCGGUUUAAGAUUUGUAUUCCUGCCUUUUGCACCAUAGCACGUAUCUCGUUAUUUUCAGGCCAGUGUGAACGCCUGAGCAGGCGUCUUGUUUUAAAUAUGAAUCGCUGAUAAAUCGACAUUUCUCUGUUUGGCUAAUAUUGGGCUCUAGUCCUAGACAACACAAUACUGUUUAUUUUAAAAAUCUUAUAAACAAGACGCGUCGUAACAAGUAAAUCUGUGCAAAGCAUAUCAACGUUUACAAGAAAGGACAAAUCUAUUUUAAAUGAUGACCAGGCUGAAAAGCCCAUAAACGUUUGUUAUAUAAAACCGCGCUCGAGUGUGAAGAGAGCAUUGAAUAACAACACGAGAGAGCACUGCGAGUAACGAUUUGCUUGGUUUCUUGACUUGACUGUUGGUAAAAAUGUAAGAAUGCUCUUGCAAAUUCAAAGCAAAUAAAAUAAACAAAAAUUAGCAAGUACAGUAUUUUGAGCUUAUAGUAAUUCGCAAAAUUUAUGUUUUUAACUGUUAAUAAAACAUAAUAUCCUACGGGAAGCAUGUAAUUUGAUACUUUCCCCACACCCCCUCGGGCGCUAAAUUUUAGACGAGGCACGUGACCAGCCGAUACUAGGGUCUUUCCUAAAGACCCUGGGAACGAGGUUGAGGAAACCUGCGCUAUAUUAGAAUAUUUUACUGCUAUUGUAAUGUUAUUACACUGUACUGCAUUGCAUUGUACUUUAUUGACGUUUCUAUCCUAACAUUUAUUUUUUCUUCUGCAGAGGAUGUAGAUCCUUCAGUUGGUAAAUUUCGUAAUAUGGUUCAAACAAGUAUUGUGCAAGUUAAGGUAUGUUAUGCUAUAUACUCUAUUCUCUAUUGUAACUCCACAGGAAUGGGCGAAACAACUUCCUCUCGAAAGGUGUUUCGAGAAAAAUGUGAUGUGUGUUUUGGAAAAUAUAAUUGGUUUAGAAGUUAUUUGAAUAUAUUGAAUAUUUUCAACUUCAAUACUGGGCGACGCCGAACAGGAUUGUCUACGAUGUCGUCCAUGAAAAGGUCGCAUAGGAUGUUAUCAAUAAAAAUAGGUACGCUAAGCGUACAUGUAUCUGCUCAUGGUGAGUGGCUGAUUGCAUUGUUUUCGAUAUGUGAUAAUUGAUAUGUGAUAAUGAGGGUAGAUGGAACACAAAUCAACUGUUUAUGCCAAGUAAAUAUAUUAUCAAAUAGGUCAAUACUCUCGUAUUGGACAAGACUAUUGGGUUAUUUUGCGCUUGAUAAUAAAAACAAGGUUUCGUUUUUUUGUUACCAUAGCCACUAAUAUGGAAACAAUAUAUAUAUUACAAAAACCUGCUCGAAAUGGUUAAAGUCUUUUUGUUCUGUGUUAUCCAGGAACCUCGCCAUGCAAUUAAACUAGGCAGUAUGACGGAGAGUAUUACGAAAAGAAUGAACAGUUUUGCUUAUAAAGAAGAACUAUACGCAGAUCUUCCAUCUCUUGCCGAUCACGAACACGACUUUUCAUUACAUCCGGUACAGUCCGGAAGUAGAGUGACAGCUGCACCGGAAGUUGAGGGACCUGAGUAUACAGAUGUGGAUAGAACUGUACAUGAGAACACUUUUGCACCGUCCAUGCCACAAGAAGCACCGAAGAAGAAAUACGCAAAAGAGGCGUGGCCUGGCAAGAAACAUGGCUCAUCACUUUUAAUGUGA